UAUUGGAGCAUUGGGCAUGCCAAACCGCACGCCAGCCUGAUCAAAAUGUUGGAAAAGCGCGCUAUCCGUAAUCCCGGGUACAGUUUGUACUGGACGUCGCAAACUUUAGUUGGUUUCAGUUUCGAGCGGUCGUGGCUAGGAUUCUGGGCUCAGUUCACGACUAGCCUCUCAGAGCCUCAGAAAUAGAACCAUAAAUUAGCACUGCACUGGUAACUCAUAUUAUUUAUCGAUCGGCCAAAUACACGCAGUCCGUCUAGUACCUAUAUCGAUACCGAGUGGCGAGACCCGGUACAAUAAUAGUAAAUAAUCGUCUCGUCUUCGUAAAGAUGUGUAAUACGGCAUAACAUAGAAACAAGUUGGUUGUUGAGCUGAAAGUUGGCACGUCUGUACAUAAUAUAAGACUUGUGCCAAAUGACUCCCGUCUAGACCGAUGAUAAAAUUUAAAAUAUUUGAUAUGGAUUUUUUUCGCGCCGGCGCGAACGUCGAACGGACGAUCGUGAUCGUGCUUUUUGCACUGGCUAGAGAAAUUUAAUUUUGUACAUUUCGUAAAACCAAAUACGUGUAUAGUACAAUGGUUAAAUAUUGGAAUAUGAGAUAGUGAUAAAACAGGGAUUCUUGGGAUUUCGGAAAUAUUAUUUUUGGUGUAAUAAUGUGUUUUCGUGAAUAAUAUUUUAUUAAUAAGUAUAAUCGGAGAACGAAAAUGAUAAUGUUAUAAAUAGCUAAUUAAGAAAAAAAUUGCAAAGCAGAAUGGGAUCCAUCGUUUUAAAAAGCUUGUCCAUUCUCUUGGGAAUUUUCUUUGUAUUUGUGGGUACAACUAAGUUGUCGCCAAUUAUUUCAAAGGAAUUGCAUAAAGAUUUGAGGAAAGAAUAUGUGAGAUAUGCGAAAGUCUUUCCAUUUUCGGAAAUGUUGGAUUUUAAACUACCGUCGAAAUGGUAUCGCAGGACGGUUGGCGGCUUAGAAAUAUUAUUCGGGCUGGCGUUGGCAACUAUACCAAGUCAUAAGGUAAAGAAUACAGCCAACGUUGGGCUAGUAUUUCUUAUGAUCUUGGCUGCAUAUUCUCACGUUAUGGUUGGCGAUCCCUUCGACCGAUGCGCGCCAGCUUUGGUUUUCUUCUUCAUGCUCACCGGAAGACUUGUAGUCUGGUACCAAACCAGCCGUCGUGAAGAACUAGAAAAGACAGCCGCAACACAGAAUGGCAACGGUUUGAAGAGGGAGUGAAAUACAUUCUCGAGUCUGGUAGCAGUUUUUUGAUAUAAUUAACAAAAAUAAAACCAACUUGCGAAUAGCACAAAUGACAAGUGAAGUAAAUUAACAUUUAAAUUAUUUAUUCAAAAUAUUUCUGUGAUUAUUGCUAGCCAUUAUGUCAAAAUCAGAACCCUUUUUAAAUUAUUUGAAUAAUUCUAGCACUUUAAUCAACCUGGAGUACAUUAAUUUGUCUAAUAAAAUAAAAGUUUUAACGUUAGGUACCCACAUAGAAAGGAUACCAUAGAAUUCGUACCCAAAAGUGAUAUUAAUUUAAGCUAUAAGUAUUUAAGAUUAUUUUGUGUGAUUGUGAUUUGUGAGCGUAGAAUGUGUUAAACUUGUGUAACUAUACUUGGAUACAGUUAAAUAGAAAUUAGCUUCUCAAACUGCCACUUUUCGGUAGAUUAGAAAGUAUGUUGUAUGUAUUUUGAAUUACGUAUCUACAUAAAUAGGUAUUCGUACAUGUUUUUGCUCAAUUGUAAUGUUCAAAAUAUUAUCUAUCUAGUAAAAUAAUUGGAAAGAAAAUACAAUUUAUUUCGAGGUUUGUUACCAUAAAAGAAAUAGCUUUUUAUUCACACCUUAGGAUGGCGAUACCUCACUAUGUAUUAUUGUGUGAUGUGAAUUGUGUAAAAUGCAUUUUUGAGAAAAGACUCGCCAUAUUCUAUGUAUCAAUUGUCAUGUCAAAAGUAUGGUUUACCCUUAGAAUAAGGAUAAAAUCGUACUUUUGACAUGACACUUGACACACCGAGCGAAUAUGGCGAGUUCUUUCUCAUUAUGCACUAUAAGUUCUCACAUGUCUUUUGUUGUAGUUCAAAACAAUGCCCACAGUAAUUAACAAAAUGCUUUUUAGAAAACGACAAAUCGCAAUAUCUGCUUAACUAAUAGAACUGCAAGAUGUUUUGAAAGUCGUGUGUGAAAAUCACUAUUACAUAAUUAUUUAUAAAUAAAAAUGAG